ACAGGGAGCCCAGGAUGGAGACAAGGAUGGAGAAGCUGGCGCCUCUGACAUACCGCCUCAUCUCUGCUUGACAUCGGAAUACUUCGACGCCAACAUCGGGAUUAUAUCAACACACACACACACACACACACACGGACACCGGGCCCUCGGUUUUAUUUGCAUCCAUCCAAAUCUGCCUUUGACAGCUCGCCUGAUGGUUUCCAUUUGACACAGGAGCCAAGGCAGACGGGCGGGUUCUUCUGACAACAAAAAGCAACUCUGGACAUAAACGGGUCAUUAUGACCUUAGCAUCCUGCAGUCAAAGAAAACCAUCGGAUUGCUUUUACGCGGCAGCAUUCUGCUUGCAUUUUCUGCUUUGGAUUCCAGGCGCCGUGUGCGGAGAGGAGCAUCAGCACUUCAGCGUUGAGGGAUGGCUACAGAAGUAUGGCUACCUUCCUCGCACACAACCAGGAAUGUCUGUCCUGCGCUCGGCGCAAACCAUGCACUCAGCCAUCGCUGCCAUGCAACGGGUCUAUGGUCUCAAUGUCACAGGGACGCUGGAUGAGCAGACCAAAGAUUGGAUGCAGAAGCCUCGCUGUGGAGUUCCAGACAAGUUUAAAGGUUCUUCCAGGUCAAGGACUCGUAGAUAUGCGUUGACAGGACAGAAGUGGCAGCGUAAUCACAUCACCUACAGCAUAAAAAAUGUCACACCAAAGGUGGGCGCCCGGGAGACACAUGAUGCCAUUAGGCGGGCGUUUGAUGUCUGGCAGGGUGUGACUCCGUUACGCUUCGAGGCCGUGCCGUACAGCGCCCUGGAGACUGGCAGACGUGAUGUGGACAUCACCAUAAUCUUUGCUUCAGGUUUUCAUGGCGACAGCUCGCCCUUUGACGGGGAGGGAGGUUUUCUGGCUCACGCAUACUUCCCUGGUCCCGGCAUAGGAGGGGACACGCAUUUUGACUCAGACGAGCCCUGGACCCUCGGGAACCCGAACCAUGACGGUAAUGACCUGUUCUUGGUUGCGGUACACGAAUUGGGCCAUGCCCUCGGUUUGGAGCACUCUAACGACCCCACUGCCAUCAUGGCUCCAUUCUACCAGUACAUGGACACAGAGAACUUCAAACUACCUCACGACGAUCUGCAGGGCAUCCAGAAAAUCUAUGGUCCACCAGACAGAGCCCCGCAGCCCACCAGGCCUCCACCCACCGUCCCACCACCUCGUUUUCCCCCUCCAUCAGACCCCAGGAAACAUGACCGUCACGCCAGACCACAUCGCCCGCCGCAGGGGUCCAAACCCUCCAACCCCAACUCCAAACCCAGCAUCUGUGACGGAGGCUUCAACACCUUGGCCAUCCUCCGACAGGAGCUCUUCGUCUUCAAGGACCAAUGGUUCUGGAGGGUGCGUGAUAACUCAGUAGUCCCCGGCUACCCCAUGCAGAUCAAUUACUUCUGGAAAGGGUUACCUCCAAAAAUCGAUGCCGUUUAUGAAAACAGCGAAGGAAAAUUUGUCUUUUUUAAAGGAAACCGUUUCUGGGUCUUCAAGGACACAACUCUUCAGCCUUCCUACCCUCAGGAUAUCUCACUGUUUGGGAGUGGAAUGCCCACUCAGAGCAUCGAGACUGCUCUCUGGUGGGAGGAUGUGGCCAAAACCUAUUUCUUUAAAGGAGACAGAUACUGGAGGUACAAUGAGGACAUGAGGGCCAUGGACCCAGGUUACCCCAAACCCAUCAAAAUCUGACCGGAGUCUCCGCAGGGGGCUUUUGUGGACAAGGCUAACGGGUUUACUUACUUUUAUAAGGGGAAGGAGUACUGGAAGUUCAACAACCAGCUGCUCCGUGUGGAGCCGGGUUACCCCAGAUCCAUCCUGAGGGACUUCAUGGGUUGUGAUGGCCUGCCCGCAGACCCAGACUGGGACUGGAGCCCUCCAGUGGCAGAAGAGCGCCACUAUGACAAUGGCGAUGCGGAUGUUGUCAUCAAACUGGACAGCGCUGGGGGCACAGAGAAAGCAGUGGCCAUAGCCAUUCCGUGUGUUCUGGCGCUGUGCAUGAUGGUCCUCCUCUACACUGUUUUCCAGUUCAGGAGGAAGAGCACAAAGCGCCACAUACUGUACUGCAAGCGCUCCAUGCAGGAGUGGGUCUAAGCGAUCGUUGUACAGACAGAGAUGUGAAGCUCUCAUCAAGUUCUGGUUAUUGCUUGAAGCCCUAAGCACUGUAAAGGCUACAGUCCAUGUGGAUUGCCAUGUUGGCAGAUUUUAAAAUUGCUCGUCCUAAUAAUGUGCAAGCUGCGAGGAAGCAAAAUGGUCAGCAGGAGUCGAGUGAAGACACUGAGGGAGCCACAUCUCUUAUGUGCAGCCAAUAUGUAUGUAUCUGCUUUUCUCUGUAUCUGGGAAUGAACUCAAUUAAAUGAGACAGAGCUAAGCUCCUGUACGAGGGACCUUUGUCUUUCCCUGUCUCUGCACGUCUCUUAAAAAAAGCCCCUUGCAUUCACUUCAGUGGACAAUUUAGAUAAAAGCUUCUAACUUUAAUGUUUCUUAACUCAAUCAUCCCGAGCUGUGCUUUUUAUUUUCAGACUCUAAAUGUUCCCUGUAAGAGAUUAUUCAUUGUGUGGAGGACUAAUACACAAACCAAAUACGACCUUUUCUUCCAAAGAGGAUAACUGCUCAGUGGGGAUCGUUUCUUUUUUUUUUUUUUUUUCUUUCUCGGUGGGACAAAUCUUGUGGCAUCGUACUGGCAUUUUUCCGUUCGUGUUCGUCCCAUCUGCUCUGUAAUCUGUGGGAAUAAAAGAAAAAAAGAAAAAUCAGUUAGUGAGUGAGUAAGAGCUCACUACUCAAGACUGUUGUGGCAGUCUGUCUCCAAACGGAGGCCAAAAUCCUCUCUGCAAUAUCAAGGAGACGGCCUUAAUCACAGAUUGCUUACGUUUUUUGUUGUUGUUGUUGUUUGUUUUUUUCUCACUUCUUCUCUCUUUGUUGCUCUGGUUAUUGAGAACUGAUGGAGAAAAAGAUCGGAAAAUGUCAAGUGUUUGAAGAAAGGCAUUGAUUUGUUGCCAUAUUGCAAUGUCAGGCUGUAGGGACUUUUCAAUGCACUAUGGAAACAUGGCUUUUGACAAUGUGCUGACGUGUGCAGAGUAAGGUGUGGUCAUCAGAAUUAUUAACUGCCUUACAGAGGUCAAGAUGAGACAGAGGGCAAAGGUGAGUUUGUGUGUGUGUGCGUGUGUGUGUGUGCCUGCUGAUAUUAGGAUGUGAGGACCGGCUCUGGCUAAUAUAAUUUGAGGACAUUUUGAGACACCUAGCUUUAAUGGUCGGUCAAAUCUGGCCUAAGGUCACGGCUGAGGUCAGAUUUAUAGUUAGUCUCAGAUAUUUAUUUGGUUUGGUCCAAGGUAUGAGGGGACAGAGGGACUGCUUUAUGUCCGCAGUAUGACAAAAGUAUCACAAAAAAAUAUAGUGUCUCGAUGUGUGUGUGUGUGUGUGUGUGUGUGAAACAGUCAUGACUAAACCACUAAGAUCCUACUUUUGGGUUUUUACUGUCCAAUUUGAACUUUUGAAAAAAAUGUUACAUUUUAUUUCCGUUAUUUUAAAAUGGAUCAACGUGUGCAUUUAUACUUUCAUAUUUUUACAUUUUUACACAAUGGUUUUGGACAGAUUGUUUUGUUUAGUUUUUCCAUUUUUAUUUUUGAACUGUAAUGUUGCAGAUACAGUAGGUGUUGAUAAAAAAAAGAAUCAUAAUGAGUUAAAAAAACUAAAAAAAGCUGUGUGAAUUUUGGACAGGACUGACUUAAGCCCUGUUACUGAACUAACACACUAAAAACUCCAUUAUGUUACAUAAAUAAUGUACUAAUAAGAGUUAUUAGAGUUACUCUAACAUUACCAGUAUUUAGAAGCGUAUCAGAAAUCAGAAAUAGCGAGACGUGUUUUAGUUCUGCAUUUAUAUCAUAUCAAACAUAUUACAUAUAUGACAGCGUAUGUUUUCACUGGACAAAAAUAUCAGGUAGUAGUUGUGAACGAUAUCUGAUGUGAAAUAGAGAAAAAAAAACUGAACAGAAGCUUUUUCUUUCUUCCUUGUCAUGUUUUAUGAAUGCACAACGCAGUCUAGAUCUGGAUCAAAUAGACUGCAUCAUCAUGAUGCUGAUGCUUUUGAUCGCCUGUCGCAGAUGGGAGUUUUUCAGGUGAUCAGUCGUUCAGCUUUUAGAACUUGUUUAAUAUUUGUGCUCUACGUUUGCGUUUCUCUUUUGAAUGAACUGGCCAAUAGGAUGAGCCGUCAGUCUGGACAUGUCCUUUAAAUCUUCCAUCAACUCUGACUCGAUGCUAUCUUGUACCAUAGCAGAGAAGCCUUUUGGGUUUUUUAAAUAUACAUUUUCCCCCGUUGUAUGAUUAUUUUGUACAUUAUUUGUAGAAAUGUUUAAAGUUAUCAAGGGCGAUGCAUGUCAUUAUUUAACAGUCUUUCUUUAAAAAAACAAAACAAAAACCGAGGACCAUGGCUCAUUUUGGGAAUAUUGUACCGAAAACUGGAUUCACCUCAUAUGAACUGUGGGAAAUCACUAGCUUCCAGUGUGUUCUGAUCGUUUUGUUUCUUAAGAAGUAAGAAUGUGUCCACACAGGAGGUAAAAGGGAAGAGAUAGAAACCGGUGCACAUCACUUGGCUAAGAAUAAUCCAAGGUCCCUGUGAUAUCGAAAAGACAUCUGGGUCAGUGAUGAAGGUUUGUAGUGAGCGUCUCAUGGCUCCUGAGAUGUUUAGAUAAUGAGGAGCGACGAGUCUGACUGUAUUUAUUGCUGUGUUUUUGCCCAUAAAGGAACUGGAAAUAUAUAGUUGGUUUAAACUGUGGUGCUUUUUUUGUACUGCUACCAGGUUUUUCCUCCUCUUUCUGUUCUGGCCUUGACUACAACUGAACCAUCAGAUGUAUGGGAGUCUCGCCUUUAUACUU